UGGUCCUUUGCCAUAGUAGCAUUGACACAUUCGUGGGCGGUACGUAGACUAAGGCUCGCACAGGCUUUGAUUUCUACAUCAAUAAAUCCACAUAAAGUGGUUUUAUCAGGAGAAAUGGAGGACACGAAACCCGAGGAGACGAAUGUGGACGAGCAGAAAGAUGACGAGAACAAGAUUUUCCAAGAAAAACUAGAGGAAGCCAAACUGAAGGCCAAGUACCCUCACCUGGGCAAUAAGCCUGGAGGAUCAGAUUUGCUCAGGAAGAGACUACAGAAGGGGCCAAAGUACUUUGACUCGGGUGACUACAACAUGGCAAAGGCUAAAAUCAAGAACAAGCAGAUUCCUGCGGCACAGACAGAGAAGGCUGAGAUCACCGGAGACCACAUCCCAACCCCUCAGGACCUGCCGCAGAGGAAACCCUCUCUGGUGGCCAGCAAACUGGCCGGCUGAUACCUGCUGCUUUCCUUCACUCCACACUCCCACUUCCUGUUUCUUCAUCUACAUUUAUCUCUGAUCCUGCAUUCCUGCCCUCAUCCUUUCUCAUUUCCUGUCCUCUGAAAACACACUGAAUAUUCAUAGGGUUGCAGAUGUUACAGAGCUCUAAGAACUGAAGCCACACUGUGAGAUGGGUUGGGUCGUGGCUCUGAACAGGGUGAAGUUCUCAAAGGUUUCGUGAUAUUUUAAUGUGUUGUAAUAUGUAGUUAAAAGUUUACAUAUUUGAUAGAGGGCAAACAGCCUUUUACAUUUGUUUUACAUUUUAAUUUCAGCCAUUCCUGAAUUACCCACUGCUUAAAGAGAUGCAUAUAAUUGUUAGCAUUUAUUCACCCUCAUGUUGUUUCAAACCUUUUUGACUUCUUUUCUUCUGUGAAAAACAAAACGAGAAGUUUGCAGGAUGUCCUGGGUGCUCUUUGUCCAACAAAUAACGAAAUGGACACUAGCUGUAAAGGUUCCAAAAGGACUAAAUUAAAUUCCAUAAAUAUAGUCGAUAGGAUUUAUAUACCUGUAUAUUGUAAGUCUUCUAAAGUCAAAUUUGAGCUUGUUCUGUUCAAAACUAUCAAAUAUGCCUUGUUGUGUUCGUUCUCAAAACAUGCAAGAAUCUGUGGUAUUUGAUGACUUUGACUGAACACCCGCUGUGAGGUUUAAACAUAUUGUUUUGUUUUUGUGAUUAUUAGGAUUUAGAAUUUUGGGGGGUUUAGAAGACUUUGUAUAAAACACUUGUUUGACCUGUUAAUGGUUGUUUUUUGUCUUCUGAUGUGUGAGAGCCUAGGACCCUUACAUUGUCAUUGUGUCAUAAUUAACAACCUCUGAAUUCUUAAUAAAACAUUUUGUGUUUUCCAUGGAAGAAAGAAAGUCAGGAUGCAGGAACUACACAGUCGGAUGAGUAAAUGGGAUUAUAAAAUGUUAGGUUUACUCUUAAUUGUGUGCUUGAAUUGAAAGUAAGCUGUAAUAAUGUUGACCUGCACCCUGAUUCUUUUUUGAGAAUGCUCUUUUCUUCAUAAAGUUUCAGCUUUGCCUGGAGGACACUCUGUUAGUGAUGUUUGACAGCAUGUGUUGCAGAUCUUUGAGGCUGCGGUCAGCUUGCUUUGUAUCAUAGUGCUUAAAGCCUUAAGAUCACGUGGUGUUAUUACACGGAUUGGCAAGCAGUUCUAGAAAACCACACGUUUGUAUCAUAUGCUUGUGGACACCAGACAGUGAGGAUGCCUCUCCACCCUCUGGCUCCAUGACAUCUCCUGUAUCUUCUAUGCAGAGGAGGAAGGCUGUUCUAUGUCGACUCCUCAGGCUUCAUCAAAGCACUACAGUAAAAUGUCCACGGUCUGCAUGAGUAUAAACUGUGGUCGCUUUUGAGCCAUUUUGACUUGUAAAUAAAAUAGUUUUACAAACC